AUGGCCCUGUAUCCGAUUGAAGAACUUCCUGUGACUCAGCGAUGCUCCCCCGAUCGCGGACCCACCCCGGGUUCCCCACCAGCCGAUUUUUACCAGUUGUUCCUGGCUGUCUAUCACCGUGGCGAGCUCUCUCUUGACGAUUACCGAAAGCGCCUCGGCUUUUCUGCCUAUCACUGGGCCAUCCUCGUCUAUGAUGUGAAGUACAAUCGCCACUACGCCUACGAUGUGACUGACGGAGCCUCGCCGGACCCGGUGAUUCGACGUGAUCUCAACCCGGACUUCCAAUGGACCUACCGUGUCAAGACCAACGUCCACCCGGAGUCGUGUGACUCUCUUCUCAUCAGAAUGGCAAUCGGCGAAGUCAACGACGGAAUCGGCCCGGACACUAUCAAGAUCCUCCUUCAGUCUGUUCAGCUACCAAUUAAGGAUGCUCAUCCUCCUCAGAACUGCGUCAACUGGAUCAGGUCUGUUCUGCACAAGCUCCGGUUCCAUGGAUAUGCCCGUAACUUGCAUAGCAUUGAGAUGACUAUUGAUCGUGCUCUCGCUUAUGCCGAUCUUCGCAUGUCGGAUCCUGACAAUUCUGUCACUGUUAUCGACCACCUCGGCAAUGAAUUGGUUUACAGGCCAUACCCAGCAUGA